GGCUCCAUCGCCAGGGCCACCAUGCAGACCUACUGCGACAUCAUCCUGCAGAUCCCUGAGCUGACCCCGCACUCCACCAAGCAGCUGGCCACGGACAUCGACUACCUGAUCAACGUGAUGGACGCGCUGGGCCUGCAGCCCUCCCGCACGCUCCAGAGCAUCGCCACGCUGCUCAAGACCAAGCCCAGGGACUUCCGCCAGGCCAGCAAGGGUCUGCCCCGCCGCCUUACCGCCAAGCUGGCUGCCAUGCGGGGCCUUGACGGCUGAGCCCGCACCCGCUGCCAGGGGCCGCCCUCUGAGCACUAGGGGCCCACCUUCCAGCCGCCAGGGCUAGGUGGUGGUAGGAGUGUUUUUUCUUUUUCUCUUUCUUUCUUUCUUUUUCUUUUUCUCUUUCUUUUCUUUUUCUUUCUUUCUCUCUCUCUUUUCUUUUCCUUCCUUUCUUCUUUUUCUUUAUUUUAAAGACUUGGAUCAUUUGUAUAAUUUAAAGGGUUGUAAAUUAGACGCCUAUUAUUUAUUAAAGAGAGAUUUUU